GCAGCGGCGCAGACCCUGUCGGCGGCGGCUGGGAGCCGGGAUUCCCCAGACCUAGAGACCCUACUGCGCCAGCCGUCGACAGCGCCCCGGCCCCACCGUGACCCCAGCCGUCCGGGCAUCCCAAGACAGCGGGCAGCGAGGCCAAGCGGACCGGAGUGACUGUCCGGGCAGACGACGGGGUCCCCAAGCUCGGCGACAGGAAACUCUGGGGAGUGAAUGGAAAGAAGUGGGUGGUCCAGCCCCUGCGACUUCCCCUGACAUCACUGCCCAAAUAAGGAGCUUCCAAGCGGCCGCGGGGCGGCCCGGAGCCGCGCCUGCCGCCGGCGCCCACCCCGCGCCGCGUGGGCCGCCAGCGAGCGCCCGGGGCACCGCCGGGCGGAGCCGAGCCGGGCGGAGCCGAGCGCGCGGGCGCUGCCGAACCUCGCGAAGGCCGGGCGCGCAGCCCAGUCCAGCGCUGCGCAGCCGAGCCCGGCGCAACGCGGCGCGGCGCGGCGCAGCCCUGCCCGGAGCAGCGGAGCGGCGGCCGCCCGCAGGAUUCUUCAAAAUCCAGACACAGCAGCCCUGAACUAGCUCAUGGAGGAGCCUCCUGAGGUCCCGAUCAGGCAAGCCGUCCCCUCUAGAGGGAAGCACGGCAUGCAGGAGGCGGGUGGCUGCAGCAGGAGUGGACAUGAACGCUGGCUUCCAACAAGAACAGCGUUUUAGUUUUGGUCAUCGGAAGUGGUGCCUCCAGCACAGAAGAGCGUGACUUCUCCAUCAAGACUGCUGCUCCCUGAUACGGGACCACAAGGGGAGAAGAGGCCAAAGGGAGCUGUCCCCCGCCUCCAGCGUGGCAUCUCUAGUGCCGGCACCAGGGAUGACUGGGCCAUGGACACAGAUAGCACCAACCUUCCACUGUUCACACAGCACACGGGGGACUUGUAGGGACCACUUGCCACUGCCAACCACAACCAUACAAUGGCAAUACUGACAUACUCCAUGACGCACUCCCAGCAGACACCCGGGCAGGACAUGCUGAUGUGUUUCCUGUCAGUGAAGUAGAGGGCCACGCCUCACCAGUAUGACCUGCUCUGAGGACACUUGCGGCCAGUGACACUUGCAAAAAAGAAAAAAAAAGGUAAAACUCCCAAAGCCGUCUGGGGUGUGGCUUCCACAGCUCUGGGCCAAAGCUGGACACCUCCCCAGGACACUGGGAUCAUUCAUAAAUGCAGCCUGCCAGGACACCUCCCUAAAUAGCAUCUGAAGUCUUUUCGAAGGUCAUGGAUCCUGAACAGAGUGCUAAGGGCACCAAGAAGGCUGAGGGAAGUCCACGGAAGCGGCUGACCAAAGGAGAGGCCAUCCAGACCAGUGUUACUUCCAGUGUCCCCUAUGUGGGCAGUACCGUGGCUGCCACCCAGGAGAGCCCACCCCAAGAGCUCCUAGCCCCGCAGCCCUUCCCGGGCCCCUCUUCGGUUCUCCGGGAAGGCUCUCAGGAGAAAACGGGCCAGCCACAGAAGCCCCCAAAAAGGCCAUCUGUCGAGGCCUCGGUCCACAUCACCCAGCUCCCGCAGCACCCUCUGACACCAGCAUUCCUGUCGCCCGGCAAACCCGAGCAUCUCUUAGAGGGAGCCACGUGGCAGCUGGUCGACCCCAUGAGACCCGGCCCUUCAGGCUCCUUUGUGGCCCCUGGGCUCCAUCCUCAGGGCCAGCUCCUCCCUCCUCACGCUUCUAUCCUGCCUGCUGAAGACCUGCCUGGUAUUCCUAAGGUCUUUGUGCCCCGGCCCACCCAGGUCACCCUGAAGCCCACCGAAGAGGCCCCCAAGAAGGAGAGGAAGCCCCAGAAACCAGGCAAGUACAUCUGCCAGUACUGCAGCCGACCCUGCGCCAAGCCCAGCGUGCUCCAGAAACACAUCCGUUCACACACGGGCGAGAGGCCCUAUCCCUGCGGCCCCUGCGGCUUCUCCUUCAAGACCAAGAGCAACCUCUACAAGCACAGAAAGUCCCACGCACACCGCAUCAAGGCAGGCCUGGCCUCAGGCAUGGGCAGUGAGAUGUACCCCCCGGGACUGGAGCUAGAGAGGCUCCCUGGAGAGGAGUUCGAGGAGCCUACCGAGGGAGAAAGCACAGACUCCGAAGAGGAGACAGGUGCCACAUCCAGUCACUCAACCGAGCUCUCCCCCCGGCUCAAGCACCCACUGCUCACUAGUGGUUUGUAUGGCUCUGCGAGCCACAGCUCCAGCCACGAGCGCUGCUCCUUGUCCCAAUCCAGCACAACCCAGUCACUCGAGGACCCCUCUGCAUUUGCUGAACCCUCCUCUGAGCACCCCCAGAGCCACAAACCUGAAGACACCCACACGAUUAAGCAGAAGCUGGCCCUCCGCCUAAGUGAGAGGAAGAAGGUGAUUGAUGAACAGGCUUUCCUGAGCCCAGGCAGCAAGGGCAGUACGGAGUCGGGGUACUUCUCCCGCUCCGAGAGCGCUGAGCAGCAAGCCAGCCCCCCUAACACCAAUGCCAAGUCCUACGCUGAGAUCAUCUUGGGAAAGUGCGGCCGCAUUGGGCAACGGACCACCAUGCUUGCCACGGCCACCUCCACCCAGCCCCUCCUGCCCCUGUCCACUGAAGACAAGCCCAGCCUCGUGCCACUGUCCGUGCCCCGGACACAGGUGAUAGAGCAUAUCACAAAACUCAUCACCAUCAACGAGGCCGUGGUGGACACGAGCGAGAUCGACAGCGUGAAGCCCAGGAGGAGCUCUCUCUCGAGGCGCAGCAGCAUGGAGUCCCCCAAGUCCAGCCUCUAUCGGGAGUCCCUGCUGCCCCACGGCGAGAAACAAUCAAUGCUGAGCCUCCAGCAUCCACCCAGCACCACGCCCCCUGUGCCUCUCCUGAGAAGCCACUCAAUGCCUUCAGCCACCUGCACUCUCAGCACCCCGCACCCCACCUUCCGAGGUAGCUACUCCUUCGACGACCACAUUGCUGAGUCCACCACCCUGAGCCGCAGCAGCCAAGCAUUUACCUCCCACCCCCGGAUGCUGAAGCGCCAGCCGGCCAUUGAACUACCUUUGGGAGGGGAGUACAGUUGCGAGGAGGCAGGGCCAAGUAGCAAAGAGGCAGCCUCGAAACCCUCAGACGAGCCAGAGCCCAAGGAAAGCGAGCUUACCAAAAAGACCAAGAAGGGGCUGAAGACUAAAGGGGCCGUCUAUGAAUGUAACGUCUGUGGUGCUCGGUACAAGAAAAGGGAUAACUACGAAGCCCAUAAGAAAUACUACUGCUCAGAGCUGCAGACGCCCAAACCCAGCUCUACGGGUUCUCAUGUGCCUCCCGAAGCCGAAAAGGGCCAGGCUGAGCAUGAGCCAUGGUCCCAGAUGAUGCAUUAUAAGCUGGGGACCACCUUGGAACUCACACCCUUGAGGAAGAGGAGGAAAGAGAAGAGCCUUGGGGAUGAGGAAGAGCCACCCCCCUUCGAGUCGACCAAAAGUCAGUUUGGCGGUACUGGGCCAUCUGAGGCCGCUCGGAACCUUCCCCUGGAGUCCACCAAGUCACCAGCAGAACCAAGUAAAUCAGGAGCCCCUUUGGAGGGAGUCCCAAGCUUCCAGCCGAGGACUCCGAAGCAGGGGUCCGGUUCGGAAUCAGGGAAGGAGAGGAGAACGACAUCCAAAGAAAUCUCUGUGAUCCAGCACACCAGCUCCUUCGAGAAGUCAGACUCCCUGGAGCAGCCUGGGGGUGUGGAGGGAGAAGAGAAACCCCUGACCCAGUUCUCGUCGUCCCAGACCGCCGCCUCCUCACAUGUACGCCCACCGCACUCGUUGCAACCCAAGUUGGUCCGCCAGCCCAACAUUCAGGUUCCCGAGAUCCUGGUGACAGAGGAACCUGACCGGCCCGACACGGAACCCGAGCCACCACCGAAGGAGCCCGAGAAGACAGAGGAGUUCCAGUGGCCCCAGCGCAGCCAGACACUCGCCCAGCUCCCCGCGGAGAAGCUGCCGCCCAAGAAGAAGCGGUUGCGCCUGGCAGAGAUGGCCCAGUCGUCGGGCGAGUCCAGCUUUGAGUCGUCCCUGCCUCUGUCUCGUAGCCCCAGCCAGGAAAGCAGCAUCUCUCUGAGUGGCUCCAGCCGCUCCGCGUCCUUUGAGAGAGAUGAGCAUGGGAAAGGCGAGGCCCCUGGACCCUCAUCCGACACGCGCCCCAAGCCCUUGGGCACCCACAUGCUGACUGUCCCCAGCCACCACUCGCAUGCCCGGGAGAUGCGGAGAUCUGCCUCAGAGCAGAGCCCCAACAUCUCCCAUUCCACUCACAUGGCCGAGACACGCAGCAAAUCAUUCGACUAUGGCAGCUUGUCCUCUGGGGGUCCUGUGCUGCCGGGCCCUGUGGCUUUGCCAGCCCCAGCAGCUCCUCCUCCAGAAAGAAGGAAGUGCUUUCUGGUGAGACAGGCUUCUCUGAGCAGACCUCCAGAAGCUGAACCGGAGGCUACCCCCAAGGCAAGACCAGAGAGUGAGGAACCACAGCUCUCAUCCUCCGGAAAGCCUCCCACCAAAGGCCUGCUGCCCCAGAUCUCCUCCGUGGGCCCCUCGCACAGUGGAAACCUGGGAGGCAAGGGCCAGCUGCAGGACAGGCCUCCAAGGGCCUCUCCACUGCCCUACGCAGAGGCACUGCAGGUGCUGCAUCACCCCAUUGCCCAGCUGCCCCUGCCAGAGAAGCCGUACCUGCCACCACCUGUCUCCCUCUUUUCCUUCCAGCAUCUCCUACAGCAUGAGCCAGGGCAGUCUUCAGACUUCUUCUCCACCCAGGCCAUGUCCAGUCUUCUUUCCUCGCCUUACUCCAUGCCCCCACUUCCUCCCUCUUUAUUUCAGGCCCCACCGCUUCCCCUGCAGCCUACUGUUCUGCACCCAGGCCAGCUCCACCUCCCUCAGCUCAUACCUCAUCCUGCCAACAUCCCCUUCAGGCAGCCCCCUUCGUUUCUCCCGAUGCCGUACCCCACCUCGUCAGCACUAUCCUCUGGCUUCUUCCUGCCGUUGCAAUCCCAGUUUGCACUCCAGCUCCCCGGAGAUGUGGAGAGCCACCUGCCCCUCAUCAAAACCAGCCUGGCCCCGCUGGUGACAGGAACCACUGGCCUCUCCUCCAGCACGGAGUACAGCAGUGACAUCCAACUGCCCCCUGCAGCCUCCACAGCCAGCUCCUCAGCACCCACAUCAGCCCCUCCGCUGGCCCUACCCGCUUGUCCCGACUCCAUGGUGUCCCUGGUAGUUCCUGUUCGCAUUCAGACCAAUAUGCCAUCCUAUGGAAGUGCGAUGUACACCACCCUGUCCCAGAUUUUGGUCACCCAGUCCCCAGGCACCACAGCAACAGCGUCUCUUGCCAAGUUUGAGGAGCCCCUGACUAAGGGGACAGCUGCACAUGGGGCAGGCGUGUAUGAUGUUGAGCCUGGACCAUCUGGGUUAAAUGAAGAGCAGAGGUUCCCGACUCCCUACCUGAGAGUGCCCAUGACAUUGUCUGAAAGAAAGGGCCCCUCUCUGUCAUCAGAGAGUGUCCUGAGCCCAGAGGGAAGUGCAUCCACAGUAGGGGGAAGCAAACGCGUCCUUUCCCCGGCUGGCAGCCUGGAACUCACCAUGGAAACUCAACAGCAAAAAAGGGUGAAGGAGGAGGAGGCUUCCAAGGCUGAAGACAACCUUGAAUUGGUGAAACCAUGCAGUGUGGUGCUGACCAGCACUGAAGAGAAAAAGAGGCCAGAGAAAUCCCAAGUAGGCAGCCAGGGCCAGAGCAGGAGGGAACUAGAAACACUGUCCAGCCUGUCCCCAGAUCCAGCUAACCCAAAGGAAGUCCCUCCCCUCCCUCACCCUACAUUGCCUCAUGGGACAGGCCCAGGCUCAGAAGCUCUGAAGGAAUAUGGCCAGCCCUCCAGCAAACCUCACCGAAGAGGGUUGCCCCUGCUGAGUGUGAAGAAAGAAGAUGCCAAGGAACAAGCUGACCUCCCUCCCUUAGCACCUCCCAGCUCUCUGCCUCUGUCAGAAACGCCCCCAAGAACAGCCAAGUCGCAGGAAGGUAUGGACUCAAAGAAGGUACUGCAGUUCCCCAGCCUCCACACGACUACUAAUGUCAGUUGGUGCUAUUUAAACUACAUUAAGCCAAAUCACAUCCAGCAUGCAGAUAGGAGGUCCUCUGUUUACGCUGGUUGGUGCAUAAGUUUGUACAACCCCAACCUUCCAGGGGUUUCCACUAAAGCUGCUUUGUCCCUCCUGAGGUCUAAGCAGAAGGUGAGCAAAGAGACAUACACCAUGGCCACAGCUCCGCAUCCUGAGGCAGGAAGGCUUGUGCCAUCCAGCUCCCGCAAGCCCCGCAUGACAGAGGUUCACCUCCCGUCGCUCGUUUCCCAGGAAGGCCAGAAAGAUGUAGCUAGAGUGGAGAAGGAAGAAGACCAGCAAGGGAAGCCGGAGGAGGACGCUCCCGCCUCCAAGAGAGGGGAGCCAGCGAGGAUCAAAAUCUUCGAAGGAGGGUACAAAUCAAACGAAGAGUAUGUGUAUGUGCGAGGCCGCGGCCGAGGGAAGUAUGUUUGUGAGGAGUGUGGAAUUCGCUGCAAGAAGCCCAGCAUGCUGAAGAAACACAUCCGUACCCACACUGACGUCCGGCCCUAUGUGUGCAAGCACUGUCACUUUGCUUUUAAAACCAAAGGGAAUCUGACUAAGCACAUGAAGUCGAAAGCCCACAGCAAAAAGUGCCAAGAGACAGGGGUGCUGGAGGAGCUGGAAGCCGAAGAAGGAACCAGCGACGACCUGUUCCAGGACCCAGAAGGGCGCGAGGGCUCAGAGGUGGUGGAGGAGCACCAGUUUUCCGACCUGGAGGGCUCGGAUUCCGACACGGACCUGGAUGAAGACGAGGAUGAGGAUGAGGAUGAGAGCCAGGAUGAGGUGUCCAGGCCUUCCACAGAGGCACCCUUGCCUGGACCUGUAGCCCCUCUACGGGCAGACUCCUCCCCUCCCCCUGACCCUCAGCCCACAGAUGUCACUCGAAGCGGCUGGGUCUCAGAAGCUGAGUACUUGGCAGCCAGCACCUGCUCCUCGUCCCACCAGAGUACUCUGUGCCUCCCCCAUCCAGGACUGGCCCCCACAGGCCCUGCGGAGAAGGACACAGGCCCCGUCCUGAACCCCAAGGCCACAUCGCCCAGACGGCCAUGGUCCCCAAGCAAAGAAACAGGUGGCCGCACACCACUGACCCGCAAGCACUCAUUAACCAAAAACAACUCGUCUCCCCAGCGAUGGUCACCGGCCCAAGAACCACAGGCCCUGACCCUGAGCUCAUCUGGCGUCUGGACGGGUCCGAGGGCAAUGGGUCCCCUCUCCUGUGGGUCUCCAAGACCCGAGCUGUCUCCUAUUGCCCUCUACCCCCUGGGAAGACCACCCCCCCCUCGAGUACACCUACCCCCCGAGCCAGAGGGCACCCCGGUCCCCCCCAGACACUCACCCACCAGCAGAUGGUCUCCGGGCCAGGCUGCAUCACCACCACGGUCAGUGCUGCCAGGGGAGUGGGCUUUGGCUGGGCCAGGCAGCCCCUCAGCAGGCGAGUGUGGCCCAGGCCUGGAGCCAGCCCCGCGGGUUCUCCUUCCGCCCGCGCUUCUACCUCACAAGCUCCUCGGCAGAAGUUCCGAGACCUGCGCCUCCACAUGGCAGAAGUCCGAGCCCCGAAGUCCGUCCUGCUCACCUGGUCCUGCUCGUCUUUUCUGCUCCCGACCCUUCUCUGCCUCCCACGACUUCCGCGGCCACACCCCAGCCCGCCCAGAAGAGAACAUCUUCAGCCACCUGCCCCUGCACUCCCAGCACCUGCCCCGCACCCCGUGCCCCUUGAUUCCCAUCGGAGGGAUCCAGAUGGUGCAGGCCCGGCCGGGGGCUCACCCCACCCUGCUGCCGGGAUCCAUCCCUGUGGCCUGGGUCAGCGGCUUCUCAGGAGGCGGCAGCGACCUGACGGGGGCCCGGGAGGCCCAGGAGCAAAGCCGCUGGAGUCCCACCGAGAGCUCAUCAGCCUCCGUGUCUCCCGUGGCUAAAGUCUCCAAGUUCACCCUCUCCUCGAAGCUGGAGGGCAGGCACUACCCCAGAGAGAGGGAGAGGGAGCGGACAGGUGGAGGCCUGGGCAGACCUCCUGACUGGGAGCUCCAGGGGGCCAAGGCACCCCCAGAGCCUGCUCACAGGCACAGCCCCUGUGUCCCAUCAGAGGCCUCGCCCCGGGCAGCACUGUCCCAGAGCCCUCAUGGGGAGUCGCUGUGCACACCGACUAGGCCCGAGGCCCCGGCCAUGCCACCACUGGACCGCAGCAGCUCUGUGGGCUGCCUAGCUGAGGCCUCCACUCAGUUCCACAGCCGGAGGAGGAGGAACCUCUCCGGAGAACCCAGGACCAGGCAAGGCUCCCCUGAUCCCUCGGGCAGCAAGGAGCCCCAGGCACCUCCACCCCAGCCUGAGGACAGGGGCCCUCCAAGCCCUUAGUCUCCGUGCAGCCGCUUCAGCACCUGGCUCCCAGUGGCGAGCCUUGCACGUCUGCAGCCCCAACUCUCAGUGCCCAUGGCAUCCUCGGCCCUGUCUGUUCGUCCACACGGCUUCCACCCAGGCCCCAUCUGUCCUACCUGCCCAUGUCUGCAGUUACCUGUGCCUUGUCUACACCUAUUGUGUGAAAAGAAACAAAAUCAGUCACACACAUGCAUACAACUGACCCGUCCAUCCAUGAGGAGCCCGAGGCUGCGGGAAAUGUGUGCUGUUCCAGGUGGCACCCUCUGAUCCUGUGCCCUCUGGCCCAAGGCUGACCAGAUGCCACCCUCUGCUGAGGGCAAGGGGGUGCCCCAAGGGAGUGGAGGAGAAAGGAAACUUUGGAAAAAAUAUAUAAUUAAAUGCAGAAGCAAGCA